AACCGAUUCCACUCCUUGGGCAGUUUCCACUCCGUCGAUACAGAUACUCAACAAACAACGAAAUCAUGUUGCGGCAAGACUUUAACCGAAUCGACCCCAAGAGGCGAAAUGUCGUCGACCAUCGCAAGAAGCAAUUCGCUGCCCCUACAUACAAAGAUCUCGACUAUCCUCAUCGUCUCAACUUUUACACAGAUCCUCCCACAGCGGAUAUCACCCUCGAGCAAUUUGAACAAUGGGCCAUCGACCGACUACGAGGUAGGCUGCUGAAAAUUGCAAUAAUGGGCGUAUCUAAUACUCGGUAGUUCUCGCUGAACUCGAAGCAUGCUCGUUCCGCAACAAGACUCCUGCCGAGACUGCAACACACAUGAAGCCCAUACUCAAGAAGCACCUUCACCUCGAGGCCAACAGCUCAGGCUCCAAGAAGAUAUUCGAGCAACGCCAAAAAGACCACUACAGCCAUUUUAUCCUCCGACUUGCGUUCUCGUCUACUGAAGACCUGCGCCGUCGAUUCACCCGUGUCGAGACGAUGCUUUUCCGCCUGCGACUCAAUGAUGACGAUCUCGCCGAGCGAUCUGCCUUUGUCAAGACUCUUGGCCUAGACUGGUGCGAAGACGUAACAGAUGAGGAUAGGAGGAAGUAUGCUGCGGAGCUGGCCGCCUUUGCUAGCAACCGAAAGGGCGAGAAUGAUGAUGAUACAUGGUUCAAGGUAGACUGGGAACGAGUUCCCGAGCUCAUUGAGAGCCGAAGAGUGUUCUUGAAGGCUGGAAAGGCGUUUGUGCCAGGCCGAGAACAGGCUGGCAUGGUAGUCUCGGAGUUCAGCUCGCGACUGGAGCGACAACUUGAGUUGACUGCCCGUGCUCUUCCUCGACUUGACGAGGAUGACCGACUCACACCCAUCCUCAACCAUCUUUCCAAGAACUUCAUCACCCCCGACGCAUCUUACAUGUCCAGCACAGCCGCUGUGCCCGGUGCCGAGAUCAGCGCUGCCAACAUCGACAACUUGUCUCAACACUUCCCAGCCUGCAUGUCCCACUUGCACCGCUCACUACGUCGAGAUGCUCAUCUCAAGCACUAUGGUCGACUGCAGUACUCGCUCUUUCUCAAGGGUAUUGGGCUCAACUUGGAGGAGUGUCUUGUAUUCUGGAGAAAGAGCUUCCACAAGAUCACAGAUGACAAGUUCAACAAGGAGUACCGAUAUAACAUUCGUCACGUUUAUGGUGAUGUAGGUGGUGAUUCCAACCGAAGAGGAGGUGGUUAUAGUCCAUUCAGUUGUCAGAAGAUCCUUACCGAGCAUCCUCCUGGUCCUGGUGAGGCCCACGGAUGCCCAUACCGACACUUCAACAUGGAGAACCUCUCAGCACUUGUCCAGGCUAUGGGUGUUAAUGAUCGCUCUGUUCUCCAGGGCGUUAAAGAGGAUAAAGACAAGCAAAAGUUCCAUAUGGCAUGUAAUCGUGUAUUUGAGCAUCUGCACAAGCAAGAGAUCAAGAAGGCCAAGGAUGAGGGCGUCAUGACACAACAACAGCUCGAGACCAUUGUUCACCCCAACGAGUACUUCAAGCGCAGUUUCCUGCUGAAGAAUCUCGGGAGGGAGACGGAUGUGAGAAUGGAGGGUUGAUAGCUUCACGGUCGUUGGUUUACGGAAACAUGAUGUUCGGAUAUAAUACGUUUGCAUGUCUAACUUUGUAAUUAAGGGAUGUGGGGAUUGGGUGUAAGGCGUUGGAAUAGCCUUGGUGUGAGCAUGCACGGAAGCACCUGGGUAUGUAAUCGAGAAGACAAUCUCGGUAAUCAGAAAUCGAAUAUUCUUAGAAGCAGCAUAGAAGCUCGCCCGUUGACCGCCGGGUGCACGCAACAGCCCUAUAAUGCUCAAAAUAAGUCGAGCUACACAUACGC